CACAAGUAAAGGAAUAACACUCUGUGACCAGCCACUAUGUGUGUCAGAGGACCGUCUGAGCUCCCAAAGUGGAUGACUGCUCCAAAUCUGGUGUUUGUAUUACUGAGUGUGAGAUAAAAGAACAUUUCUGUUUGCGUCUCCAUCCCAAGUCAGGACGUGUGGGAUAGAAUGCCGGCGAUCACGAGUAAAAACUCCGAUUUGGAGUUUGACUCCUUGCAACCGUGUUUCUACCCGGACGAGGACGACUUCUACUUCUGUGGUCCCGACUCUGCACCACCGGGGGAGGACAUCUGGAAGAAAUUCGAGUUGUUGCCCACUCCGCCCCUCUCUCCGAGCCGCGCAGCGCUCCAGGGGGAGCCGGCGACCGGCUCUCCGGAAGCAGAUCCGCUCGGCUUUGGCUUGGGGGACCCGCUGGACUGGGCUUCCGAGCUGCUGCUCCUGCCCGAGGACGAUAUUUGGGGAGCAUCCGAGGAUGGAGACCUGUUCGGGUCCGUUUUGGAUACAAACCCCGACAGCAUCAUCAUACAGGACUGCAUGUGGAGCGGCUUCUCCGCAAGGGAAAAACUGGAACGGGUGGUUACGGAGAAGCUGGGGAAGGUGAUUUCUACGUCUGCAGCAGGCGCGAGGAGCGUGUACGUCAAGGCGCAGGAGGAGGAGGAGGAGGCGAGCAGCAGCGCGGUGUCUGAGUGCGUGGACCCCGCAGUAGUGUUCCCCUUCCCUGUCAACAAGAAGAACAGCAGCAGGGACGCACCUGGGACGGUUUUGACAGCCGCAGCCCCCGCGAGCGCACACAGUGACUCAGAGGAGGAAGAUGAUGAUGAAGAGGACGAUGAUGAUGAUGAUGACGAUGAAGAAGAGGAGGAGGAGGAGGAAGAAGAAGAGGAGAUUGAUGUAGUCACGGUGGAGAAACGGCGCUCCACAGUCAAUAAGGUUCGUCAAGACGCCCGAGGAGGUCGGUUCAGCAGCCGAGCUCCUCAGGAGCUCAUCCUGAAGAGGAGCUCCGUCCACCAGCAGCAACACAACUAUGCAGCCCCGUCGCCGUACGCCUCCGACGACGACCCCCUCCCGCCGCCAAAGAAAGCCAAAACGUCGGACGCGCCGCGGCUCCCGACCCGAACAGUCUCGUCCUGCUCGUCCUCGUCCUGCGGCUCGUUGGGGGCGCGCAGCAAGCGCGCCAACAGCGGCGACAGCAGCCCGCGCGGCAGCUCCGACUCCGAGGACAGCGAGCGCCGGCGGAACCACAACAUCCUGGAGCGCCAGCGCCGCAACGACCUGCGCUCCAGCUUCCUCACGCUGCGCGACCACGUGCCGGAGCUGGCGCACAACGAGAAGGCGGCGAAGGUGCUGAUCUUAAAGAAAGCCACCGAGUACGUGAGCUCGCUAGAGGUGGAGGAGCUGAGGCUGCAGCAGGAGAAGGAUAGGCUCCAGUCGCGCAGGCAACAGCUGAUGCGCAGGCUGGAGCAGGCGAGGACUCGCUAACAGACAUCCGCUCACAUGCACCCCGGAUGACCCCACGGCUCCCACCUCGCCUCCGUCUGAGACUGGACGGGCGCAGCGGCCUGCACAACUGUUGCACGCUCAAACAGAUGUCCGAAAACAGCUGGAGGAGACGGGGGGGUUCAAGGGAAAAAGGGGGGGUUUACCUGGACUUUCACUGCCGCCACUUUUUUUGCACAUUUGUUGACAUUAAGAAUGUUUAGGGUUUUACUUUUUUCAAUACAGUCACAUCGAGGAAAAGAGAGAAACAAACGGAGGGGAAAAAGACUUUUUUCGGGCGACCUUUCGCCUCCUUUUAUAUCAUUUCUGUUUGAUUUUGUACUCACUGUGACACCAGCCUGGAGUCGAUCGCGAUUCCAAAACAGGGAUGUGUGUUAGAGGGCACUUUGCUUGGAGUCAAGAAGCGGUGCACACUUAUUCUGCCUUCACCACUGCAAAAGACGUUUAUGACUGAGGCAUUAUGGGUCACAGAAGCAAUGCCACUACAGGUUCCUCUCACUCCUCCUCACACUGGUGCUCAAAACCAAGUCAGUGGAUGUAUAACUGUGCACCUUGCUACCCGACACUUUUGUAUAUAACAGUGUACAGACAGAAUACACUCAUAUCUGCCUUGUUUUGUAAGACAGUUUGUCCGUUUUUACUUUUUUAUAUAUGAAUAUACAAGUCAGGAAGCUGCCAAUAGACUGGAAGUUUAUAUACAUUUAAAAGUACUGUAAGGCCUCGAUUUUGAGAGUCACAAACUUUGUAAUAUAACUUUCUUUUUCUCUUUUUGUACUCUAUCAUAUUACUAAUUCUUCCCAUGUUUAUGCUUUUAGUGUGAACUUGAUACAUACUAAAUUUAAUACUUAUAUUUUCGUAUGAAAAUGAGUUUCCGGUAGAUAUCAGUUUAUCUUUUUCUCUCAUUUUUUUGAUCGUUCAACAAAUUUGUUCCAUCCUCAAACUUUUCUUGUAACUAUUGGGUGCAUAGAACUGGGUAAACUGAUAUACAACAUUUUCUUCUUUUCAUUUCUUAAAAAAUGUACAUUUAGUGCUGCAACUCAUAGCACUUUGAAAUACCUCAUUUUUUUUUUUUUUUUUGGAAAAUAAAUAGAAAUCAUUACCUAAA